UUAGCAUUGCAGAGGGAAACUGAAACCCAACCCAAUGGACUUCCCCAAAUAAACGCGACCCAACGCGCGCACACUCCCCACUGAGACGAGAGAGGGAGAGGAAGAGGGAUAGGGAGAGAGAGUUUCAGAUCUGAAAUCAGAUCCUCAGGCCAACAAGCAGUUUCCUGUAGGUUCUUGGGAAAAUAAUUUGACAGAGGAAUUGCAUUAUGGAGAGGUUCAUGGACAACUUGCCGCCCAUGGAUCUGAUGCGCUCCGAGAAGAUGAGCUUUGUCCAGCUCAUCAUCCCCGUCGAGUCCGCUCACCGAGCCGUCUCUUACCUUGGAGAACUCGGUCUCCUCCAAUUCCGAGACUUAAAUGCUGACAAAAGCCCUUUCCAACGAAUGUUUGUUAAUCAGGUGAAGCGGUGUGCAGAGAUGUCAAGAAAGCUACGAUUCUUUAAGGAUCAGAUUAGUAAAGCCGGUCUACUAUCUUCUGCACGUCCUGUUACGCAACCAGAUGUUGAGCUGGAAGAAUUAGAGAUACAACUCAUGGAGCACGAGAAUGAGUUAAUUGAGAUGAAUGCUAAUAGUGAGAAACUUCGGCAAUCAUAUAAUGAGCUCCUAGAGUUCAAGAUAGUAUUGCAAAAGGCAGCCGGCUUUCUUGUAUCAGGUGGUACUCAUGCAGUUUCAGAAAGAGAAUUAGAUGAGAAUGUAUACUCAAAUGAUGACUAUGUUGACACAGCAUCCCUACUUGAGCAGGAGAUGAGACCUGGAAUAUCAGGCCAAUCUGGUUUGAGGUUUAUUAGUGGGAUUAUAUCCAAAUCCAAGGUUCUUAUAUUUGAAAGGAUGUUGUUUCGUGCUAUGAGGGGAAAUAUGCUUUUCAAUCAGGCACCAGCUGAUGAAGAGAUCAUGGAUCCCGUAUCAAGCGAAAUGGUUGAGAAAACAGUAUUUGUAGUCUUUUUUUCAGGCAAGCAAGCAAAAUCAAAGAUUCUUAAAAUUUGUGAAGCAUUUGGGGCAAAUUUCUACCCUGUUCCUGAGGACAUAACCAAGCAGAGGCAAAUAACUAGAGAAGUUUCAUUACGCCUUGAUGAAUUGGAGGCAACUUUGGAUGCUGGGAUCCGUCACCGAAAUAAGGCCCUUGCUUCUAUAGGUGUCACCCUGGUGAAAUGGAUAAGCAUGGUGAGAAGGGAGAAAGCUGUAUAUGAUACUCUGAGUAUGCUAAAUUUUGAUGUUACAAAAAAAUGUCUCGUUGGAGAGGGAUGGUGCCCCAUAUUUGCAAAAGCUCAGCUUCAGGCUGCACUCCAACGUGCAACAUUUGAUAGCAAUUCACAAGUAGGCAUAAUAUUUCAUGUGAUGGAUGCUGCGGAAUCACCUCCUACAUAUUUCAGAACCAACAAAUUUACAAAGGCAUUUCAGGAAAUUGUGGAUGCAUAUGGCAUUGCAAGAUAUCAGGAAUCAAAUCCGUCGGUUUACACUGUCAUUACAUUUCCAUUUCUUUUUGCUGUGAUGUUUGGGGAUUGGGGUCAUGGAAUAUGCUUACUCUUGGGAGCUUUAGUUCUUAUAGCUCGUGAAAGCAAGCUUGGUACACAGAAACUUGGUAGCUUUAUGGAGAUGCUAUAUGGUGGGCGCUAUGUACUUCUUUUGAUGUCACUAUUUUCCAUUUACUGUGGGUUGAUUUACAACGAAUUCUUCUCUGUACCUUAUCACAUUUUUGGUCCGUCUGCUUAUAAAUGCCGAGAUACCACAUGCAGUGAAGCAAAAACCACUGGCUUAGUUAAAUACCAAGAUCCAUAUCCAUUUGGUGUGGAUCCCAGUUGGCGUGGAAGUCGUUCAGAGCUGCCUUUUUUGAAUUCUCUGAAAAUGAAGAUGUCUAUUUUGUUGGGUGUGGCCCAGAUGAACAUGGGAAUCAUAUUAAGUUACUUCAACGCACGCUUUUUUGGCAGUUCGCUGGAUAUAAGGUACCAGUUUGUGCCACAGAUCAUAUUUCUUAACAGCCUUUUUGGGUAUCUUUCACUUCUUAUCAUCAUAAAGUGGUGCACUGGUUCUCAGGCAGACCUCUAUCAUGUAAUGAUUUACAUGUUUCUGAGUCCCACUGAGGAUCUUGGUGAGAAUCAGUUAUUUUGGGGCCAAAGACCCCUACAGAUAAUAUUGUUGCUUUUGGCUAUGAUCGCAGUUCCAUGGAUGCUUUUUCCAAAACCUUUUAUUUUGAAGAGGCUUCAUACAGAGAGAUUUCAAGGUCGGACCUAUGGAAUACUUGGUACCUCUGAGACGGAUCUUGAGGUGGAACCCGAUUCUGCAAGGCAACAUCAUGAGGACUUUAAUUUUAGUGAGGUCUUUGUGCACCAAAUGAUACACUCCAUAGAGUUCGUUCUGGGUGCAGUGUCAAAUACAGCAUCCUAUCUUCGACUUUGGGCUUUAAGCUUAGCACACUCAGAAUUGUCAACCGUUUUCUAUGAGAAAGUCCUCCUGCUUUCCUGGGGGUAUGACAACCUCGUCAUCCGGUUAGUGGGACUAGCAGUGUUUGCCUUUGCUACUGCCUUUAUACUACUAAUGAUGGAAACUCUCAGUGCUUUUCUUCAUGCCCUGCGUCUUCAUUGGGUGGAAUUUCAAAACAAGUUUUAUCACGGUGAUGGGUACAAGUUCAGACCUUUCUCUUUUGCCACCUUAACCGAGGAUGAGGACUAGUUCAUCCAUCUAUAUAUCAUUUUGCUUUAAGGUUCUGAAAAAGAGGCUGGACCAUCUUCAAAGAAAGAAGCUGUGCCCAGGUUGGACAUUGAUCUUAUUUUUGGCUGGCAAAAAUUGGUGCUGCUUUUCUCAAACACUACCUGAUUUUGACAUACAACUACAAUUCCUGGCCCGUAUGCCUUGAAUAUGUUGGCAUAAAAGGGUUCUGCUUGCAGUGAUUACCUUCCUUCAAGAGAUAUGUGUUCUCUGUUCUUUUUCACUUGAGAUAGAUUUUUUUUUUUUUUUUCAAUUUUUCGGGGCGGGGGUGUAGAUGCCAUGUUGUAAAGCGCAGCUCGGAUUAGAUGUAGCAUUUCUUGAUUUUGGUUUAUUCGAGUAGGUAGAUUUACAAAAUUUUAUACACACAAAAGCAAUUGUGGAUUUUGCUGGGAAUUGAGCCUUUUUCCUUUUUGUAUUUGUAAAUUUUUUUCAAUGUAAAGGCUAACCACAAUUUUACAGUC